AUUUUACUAAAAAUUCGCAAGGUGAUUAUAUUCGUCGAAAGCAACAACGCAUCAUUCGUUAUAGGAAUUAUGACAUAGCCUCAGAUAUAAAUGAGUAUAAAAGAGAAAUGGUGACUUUGCAUAUCCCAUUUCGGAAUGAAGAAUUCGAGAUUCUUGAAGAGAUGAAAUUUAUUAGGAUUUACGACGAAAAUGAAAAUCAAAUUCUGGAGCGACGUAAAGAGUUUGAAUCUGACUUAGACAUUAAUAAAACUAUAGAGCUAUGCCGAAAACUAUGUCGCGAAAAUGAAGAAGCAGACGAUGACGAUGAGAUUCAUGAUAUUGCCACUAGAUUUCCAGAAAUUAAUCCAUUCCAAACGCUAUAUGACAAUCCGAAUUCGGAUGUAAACAGUGAUUUACGUCUCGCAACCCUAAAUAAACUUGGUGCCAUUGCAAAACGGAAAGAAAAUUUAAUGCCUAACGACCAAUAUUAUGAGCUGAUGAAAAUGGCAAACCAAAAACAAAAGGAACUUUUGAUGCACGUCAUUUACAAUCUUCAGUUGGAAGAUCCUCCUCCGCUGCAAAUAUUUUUUACAGGACCAGCUGGAUGUGGUAAAACAUUUGUUAUUAAAUUAUUAAUGGAAAUUUAUAAUCGAUAUUCUGAAAGUGAUGGGUUUUGUAAUGCUUAUAUCGCUUGUGCUUCUACUGGUAAAGCUGCUGUGGCUAUCAAUGGGACAACAGUACACACUGCACUGAAGAUAAGUCUUUCAAAGUUGCUUCCUUUAUCAAUUGAAGUAGCCCAACAAUAUAGAUCACUUUUUAAAUAUGUUCGUGUAUUGAUUAUCGAUGAAAUUAGUAUGAUUGGAGCCGAGUUGUUGUCCCAAAUAGAUUCAAGGUUAAAGCAAAUCACCGGUAAUUUUGAAGUCCAUUUUGGUGGAUUAGAUAUAAUUUUGAUUGGUGAUCUACGUCAACUACCGCCAGUUCGUGCUACCCCAAUUUACAAACAAAUAAAACGACAAAUAGCAGGUUUUGCAACAAUAUUAACAAAAAUUGGUAAUGGACAGUUGUUAGAUCAGGAAGAGCUAGAUUUAAUUGAGUCACGGAUUUACUCUGAAGAAGAAGCUGAGAGACUUUGUCCAGACGGUAUACGAUUGUUUUUAAUAAUCAUUCAGUUGCUGAAUACAACAAUAAAAUUUUGAAUUCUAUAGAAGAAAAAGUGAAUUCAGAGGCAACUGAUAUAUAUAUUGGAUGUAGAAAUGUUGAACAGCAAACUUCUAUGCGUCAAAAAUUACAUAAAAUGUCAACUAUUGAUACAGGAGGUUUGCCAUAUCAAAUUACAUUGGUUUUGAACAAACCAUACAUGAUAACAACUAACAUCGAUGUAUCAGAUGGAUUAGCAAAUGGUGCGACGGGAAAAUUAAUUUUCAUUGAAUAUAAUGACAAAGGAGAGAUAGGUCGUUUAUGGCUAGAAUUUCCAGAAUCUCCAAAAAUCGGAGAAAAAUUGAGAAGAAAGGCAGCGGCAUCAAUUCAAAAAAAUAAUCUUCAUCCACUGGCAGUACCAAUAGAUCGCAGAACAUCAUCUAUACCACUAGUACCUAAUAAAACCGUUAUUGUAAAACGUAAUCAUUUCCCAUUAGUCUCUGCAUGUGCAAUGACGAUUCACAAGUCCCAGGGAGCUACUUUUGGUGAGAUUGUAUAUGAAUAUGAUAAAUCACACGUUCAACAACUCCUGUACGUCGCAUUAUCACGAGUUACAUCAAUAAACGGCUUAUAUCUCGUUUCAAAAAAAAA